AUGGCGCUUGGGUCCGAAGGCAGCGACUCAUCCCUCCACUUUCCGCGUAUUCUAUGUCUCCACGGUGGUGGCACCAACGCUCGCAUCUUUCGAAUGCAAUGCCGUGCUUUCAAGUACCACCUCGGCAGCGAAUUCCGUUUUGUCUUCGCAGAAGCUCCUUUCCCUGCAAGACCAGGUCCCGACGUCACUGCCGUGUAUAGCAAUUGCGGCCCGUUUCGCGGCUGGCUCCGGCCGGUGGACGAGACUGAAGAUCAGGACUUCUAUGCCGCCGAAGCUUCUAUGUUAAUCCAGAACUCCAUCAACACCGCCACCAUUGCCGACAACCAUCUCGGCGCAACUGGCGAGGUUGUUGGGGUUCUGGGCUUUAGCCAAGGCGCCAGGAUCGCAGCCAGCCUCCUCUAUAACCAGCAACUGCGUUGUCAACAGCUUGAUGGUGGCUCUGAGAUGAAAACAAACAGCGUAAUGAACUGGCCAAACUUUCGCUUUGCUGUUUUACUAGCAGGACUUGUUCCUCCACUGCAGCCCUCUGCCAUACCGCCCUUGCUGCAAGACGACGCUCCUGGCUGGGAAGGGCUACAUCUCCAUGACAAGCUGCAGCUGCCUACGGUCCAUGUCCACGGCCUCAAAGAUGUAGGGCUGGAGUUCCACCGGCAUCUGGCCAAACGGUACUGUAUUCCCGGCUCAUAUACUAUCAUCGAGUGGCAGGGUGAACACCGCGUACCCAUCAAGACCAAGGACGUUUUUCCUGUCGCGGAGCAGAUGUUACGUCUCGCGCAGUGA